UUGCUAUACCUCUAGUAGACCAGAAGCUUGGAGAGGGCAGGGACCUGCCCCACGCCCUCUCUGCCCUGCCUCUGCACCUUUCUGAGUUGGAUCCAGAACCAGCUGCUAUCCACCUCCUCGCUCCCACACUGCUCUCUUGCCUCCACUCAUGGCAUCCCUGCUCUCCGUGUUGCUGGUGGCCCUGGUGGGCCUACCUCUGGCCGAGGCUCUGGACUGCCAUGUGUGUGCCUACAAUGGAGACAACUGCUUCAACCCCAUGCGCUGUCCAGCCAUGGUCACCUACUGCAUGACCACGCGUACUUACUACACCCCGUACCGGAUGAAAGUGAGCAAGUCAUGUGUGCCCAGCUGCUUUGAGACCGUGUAUGAUGGCUACUCUAAGCAUGCAUCCACAACCUCCUGCUGCCAGUAUGAUCUCUGUAAUGGGGCUGGCUUUGCCGCCCCGGCAACCCUGGCCCUGGCCCCCUUACUCCUGGCCACCCUCUGGGCCCUACUGUGAAGCCCUUGUCCCCAAGGGAGACCCACUCAAGGACAAAGCUCUCAACAUACACAGUUGGACCCUCUCACAUUGCACCCCCACCCAACCUUCUGUCCUCCUGAGACCCCCCCUCAGCCACAC